UCUUCGCGUCCUAGCUCGGCGCGGGCGCCGGGCGUCUUCUUCGCACUACAGUUCCCAGAAGCCCUCUGGAGAAGUGCUUCCCUCUCUCACUUCCAGGACCACAAUUCCCAGAGACUUCAGCUUCACGGAGUUUCUCUUUUUACCGAGUCUUUUCUUGGCUUGGCUGGACUUCAACGGGGCAGUAGGCCCAGGGCGACGGCGUGACCCGUCGUGAGCGAGCAGAGGGUCUCCUCAGCGGCUCUUUUUUCUUGCCCCUCAGUUCUCCCUGGUACAGGCCGUCGCGGCCGGCCUGAGCGGUGACCUGGCGGGCCGCGCCUGCGCUCUGCCCCGUUUCCUGCCUGGCUGGUGGCGGCGGCCAUUUUGUUCAUCCUCCUCCUCCUCCUGCUCCUCCUGGUAGGAGCGCAGUGUCCGGAGCGGGCUGGGGGGAGAGAGCCCGAGAGCAGGGUUCGGUGCCUUUUCCUCUGUCCCCAGCCGGCGCCCGGAGCCCCCCUCCCCUUCCUCCCCACCCCUCCCCUCCCCAGCCCUGCCCUCCCCCUUGUCCCGGGAUCGCUCCGUCGCACCCACCAUGAUGGAAGACGACGGGCAGCCCCGGACUCUAUAUGUAGGUAACCUCUCCAGAGAUGUGACAGAAGUCCUUAUACUUCAGUUAUUUAGUCAGAUUGGACCCUGUAAAAGCUGUAAAAUGAUAACAGAGCAACCCGAUAGCAGAAGGGUCAACUCUUCUGUUGGAUUUUCUGUUUUGCAGCAUACAAGCAAUGACCCAUAUUGCUUUGUGGAAUUUUAUGAACACAGGGAUGCAGCUGCUGCAUUAGCUGCUAUGAAUGGGCGAAAAAUUUUGGGAAAGGAGGUCAAAGUAAACUGGGCAACAACACCAAGUAGCCAGAAAAAAGAUACUUCCAAUCACUUCCAUGUGUUUGUUGGGGAUUUGAGUCCAGAAAUAACAACAGAAGAUAUCAAAUCCGCUUUUGCCCCCUUUGGUAAAAUAUCGGAUGCCCGGGUAGUUAAGGACAUGGCGACUGGGAAAUCCAAAGGCUAUGGUUUUGUAUCUUUUUAUAACAAACUGGAUGCAGAAAACGCAAUUGUGCAUAUGGGGGGUCAGUGGUUGGGUGGUCGUCAAAUCAGAACCAACUGGGCCACACGUAAACCACCUGCCCCGAAAAGUACCCAAGAAAACAACACUAAACAGUUGAGAUUUGAAGAUGUAGUAAACCAGUCAAGUCCGAAAAAUUGUACUGUUUACUGUGGAGGAAUUGCUUCUGGGUUAACAGAUCAACUUAUGAGACAGACAUUCUCACCGUUUGGACAAAUUAUGGAAAUAAGGGUUUUUCCAGAGAAAGGUUAUUCGUUUGUCAGAUUUUCAACCCAUGAAAGUGCAGCCCAUGCCAUUGUCUCGGUGAAUGGUACUACGAUUGAAGGACAUGUUGUUAAAUGCUAUUGGGGUAAAGAAUCUCCUGAUAUGACUAAAAACUUCCAACAGGUGGACUAUAGCCAGUGGGGCCAAUGGAGCCAAGUUUAUGGAAACCCACAGCAGUAUGGACAGUAUAUGGCAAAUGGGUGGCAAGUACCGCCUUAUGGAGUGUAUGGACAACCGUGGAAUCAACAAGGAUUCGGAGUAGAUCAAUCACCGUCUGCUGCUUGGAUGGGUGGAUUUGGUGCUCAACCUCCCCAAGGACAAGCCCCUCCCCCUGUAAUCCCUCCCCCUAACCAAGCUGGAUAUGGCAUGGCGAGUUACCAAACACAGUGAGCUGGGGCUCUGAGCACAGUCGCCAUUCACGACAGGCUUCAGUUUCCUGGGACACUCUGAAGACACGAGAGUAGACAUCGGAAAAUGAGAAUAUUUAUUUUGAAAAUUGAAAUGUUUGGAACCUUUAGCACAGCUUUGCUUUGGUGAAGGACACAUGUCUUCUAGUUCUGCCUUUUUAAGUUUUUGUUCAUGAUGGAUAUGAACAUGAUUUUUCUUUGUGUACAAAAACUAAAAUAAAGUCAAUAAAGACAAUUCUGACUGCAAAUUUUGAUGUAAUAGGAGAAGUGGGUGAUACGUUUUGAAUCUUAGAUACAAUUCCAUUUUUAUCUUACUGUUCAGUAUUUUAACUCACUAUGUUUUUAAAAGAGCAGAAAAGGGAGGAUUGAAAAACUGGGGAUCCCCUGUAAGUUCAUCCUGAUACUCCCUCCCUCUCGCCCCAAAUGGACCACAUUCGAAGUCAGCAGAGAAAAAUGCUGUGCAGAAGACAAGCGUGAUUUUGGAGUCACUCUGGAGGAAGUGCUUCCUUUCUCUGCCUGAAGAACCUGAACCCAGACUGACGAAGAAACCGCAUCCCCUAAGGAGCAGCGUUGUCUGAGAUGCUUGAGCGAAUGUUUGGUCCACAUUCAGACAUAUUUUAAAUGUCGAAAAGUGUUGAUUAUUAAAACCGUAGUAAAUUACAUUUCAUUUUGGGGGGGCAGUAUUCCAAGUAUGGUGUUUGUAUUGAAGUCAAACAGUCAUACUUGUGCUUUUACAUGAAGUUUAAAUGAUACGCUGUAAAUAUUGAAUAACUGCAGUGUUUAAAAAGCAUGCUUCAACAUAGAAGUAGCAGCAAUGUAAUUAUCUGAAGUAACACUUAACUUACUCCGCUGCUUUGAAGACAGUGGGCUGAUGAGAAUGCUCAAGACUGAUUUCCAAGGUUGGCUACUAUGUAAAAUUAAAAUUAUACAAAUUAUUAUACAGAAGAAGCCUUAACUUUAAUUUCAUACAAAUCUUUAAUGCAUUAGUACAUUUUAAAUUGUCAUUGGAAAUU